AUGGUUUGCCUUACUUUCUGGGGUGAUACCAUCUGCGUCCUGCUGCGAAAAGUGCUGGAGCAGGAAAAUUCAGUGGCGCCGAGUCCAUUCUCCGACCUUAAGGAGUGGUGGGUACGAAAGGCGAGGGGGUUCAAGAGUCGUGAUGAUGGCGUGAACCGUAUGAUGAUAAGCUGGGACAGGAUGCAAAGCAACUGUCAGGUCGAGUUGGAUGAGCUCACCAAAGUGUGUGUUCUCGGGAAAGGUGCAUAUGGCCAAGUUUGUCUGGUCGAGGACUCGAUGCGCGGACAGCGUUACGCGCUGAAGGCGCUGUCGAAGGGGCACGUGGCGAAGCAGGGCACGCAGCGGUUGGUCAAUGGUGAACGUGAGAUACUGUCUAUGAUUGACAGCAGCUUUGUCAUCCGACUGCAUCGGACGUACAAGGAUGCUCAACACGUGUAUUUCCUCUUGGAAGCGGCGCUGGGUGGUAGCUUGGUGCAGGUGGUCAAAGACCACCCAGAGAUUUUCGUGCAGGAUGCACCACGAGGCCACUCUGGAGCCUUCUAUGCAGCCUGUGUUAUUGCUGCGCUCGAGCACCUGCACGAACGUCGAAUUGUCCACCGUGACAUCAAACCAGAGAAUGCACUGUUGGAUGAGCAUGGAUAUGCCAAGGUCUGUGACAUGGGUUUCGCGCGUUUUGUGCUCAGCAAGACCAACACCCUGGUCGGAACACCUGACUAUAUGGCACCAGAAGUCAUUGACUUUCCUCAUACACACAACAGCAGCGUUGACUGGUGGGCGCUAGGAGUUCUUACUUACGAGAUCUUGAGCGGGCACACGCCUUUUACCGAUGAAGGCGUUUCAGACCCUAUGGAGAGGCUGCUCGCGAUCCGGCGCAGCCAGGAGCAAGGACCACUUCAAUAUCCUUUUCACUUCCCACAAGUCGCGAAGGGUUUUGUUGCCCAGCUGCUGCAGAUCCGGCCACACGAGCGCCUCGGAGCUGGACGAGGCGGAGCCCAGGACGUUCGAGACCACGCCAUGUUCAGGACCCUCGCGUUCGAUUUUAGAGCUUUCCACGAGCAGAAGCUCCCGACUCCGUUCCACAAGCAGUGGAGCUAUCCGGAGCACUUCUUCACGGAUGACUUUGGGUUAGAUCGUGGGCAACUGGGGUUGGACACAUCAGACAGCUUGUUCAUCCCAUACGAUGCAGAUCCGGCCGACGACUGGGAUGCCAAAUUCUGA